GGACCAGAUUUGGACUCACCACGACUGCCUACAUCUGCAACCCACCACGUGACAUGUAUGUUUACAUCCUUUCAGCUGUGUUCUUUCCUCGUGAAGAAUCGGCAGACUAGUCAAUCACCACUUCACAAACUCGCGCUGCAGCUCGAUAAACUAGCUGUAGUUGAUUUGUUUUUUUCUCUCCUGCAUCUACAUUGGGUCUGAGUUAAUCGAUUGACUUGGCGCUUUUUUCACCAUCACACGCAGCGGGCCACGUUCAGUUGCUAUCUGUUGCUGAUAGAAAUUCCAUUUAUGGAGCCGAUGUGAUUCCUCCUUAUACAGAGCUAGCCUAUGGUGAAAUGACAAUGGUGUGAACCGGCCUCAGGGGAAUCUGCAUCUCUCCAUGCCCCACUAAGAAGACAACGCAUCUCUCCACUUGUGGCACCCUCUUUUUGUUCUGCUGAUUCUUUCUGGCCAUGGGGGGUGCGGUGAGUGCCGGGGAGGACAAUGAUGAUCUGAUUGACAACCUGAAGGAGGCUCAGUAUAUCCGUACAGAGCGCGUUGAACAAGCCUUCCGGGCCAUUGACCGCGGAGACUACUACCUGGAUGGUUACAGGGACAAUGCCUACAAGGAUCUGGCGUGGAAGCAUGGCAACAUCCACCUUUCUGCCCCCUGUAUCUACUCUGAGGUGAUGGAGGCUCUGAAACUGCAGAAGGGUCUGUCCUUCCUCAACUUGGGCAGUGGGACUGGCUACCUUAGCACCAUGGUGGGACUUAUCAUAGGUCCAUUUGGGGUGAACCAUGGAGUGGAGCUCCACACCGAUGUGGUUGAGUAUGCCAAGGAGAAACUGGAUGACUUCAUCAAGAACAGCGACAGCUUUGAUAAGUUUGAGUUCUGUGAACCCGUCUUUGUGGUGGGCAACUGUUUGGAGAUCUCGUCAGACAGUCACCAAUACGACCGUAUCUACUGCGGUGCGGGGGUGCAGAAGGACCACGAGAAUUACAUGAAAGUCCUGCUCAAAGUCGGGGGUGUUCUGGUGAUGCCCAUAGAGGAUCAGCUGACCCAGAUCACCAGGACUGGUCAGUGUUCCUGGGAGAGUAAGAAUAUCCUGGCCGUGUCAUUUGCUCCUCUGGUACAGCAGAACAGAGCUGAGGGAAGCAAGCCUGAUGCUGUAGAACUGCCCCCGGUGAUGGUCAGGAGCCUUCAGGAUCUGUCUCGCAUCUACAUCCGCCGCACCCUCCGAGAUCUGACCAAUGACGAGAGUCCUGACAAUGGCCUGGUGCUGAGGGCUCCCCAGAAAAGAAAGAGACGGCGUUGUCGGCGGCGACGCAUUAACACUUACGUCUUUGUGGGCAACCAGCUGAUGCCCCAAGCCGUGGAGAGCGAGGAGGACGAACGGAUCGAGGAGGAGCAGCACAAGGAGGAAGAGGAGCAGCAGGAAACAAAGGAGAAGGAGCGAGAGGAAGAGGAGGAGAGGGACAUUGGCAGCAUUGAGAUUCUGAAGGCAGUGAAUGUACUGAGGGACAAAAUCAUGACUUUACCUCUGCCUGAAUCGCUGAAGGCCUAUCUGUUAUACUACCGAGAAAAAUGACUGUGUGACUUCUCACCCUGCUGGCAUCCGUUCAAUUGGAGAUAAUGCCUGCUGAGAUUUGUAUUAUCUUUUUUCAAUACAGAAUGAUGUAGCAUUACUUUUCAUUUCUCUUGAAGGGGAAUAUAGAAUGGAGACUAGGAGGCUUUCUGGGUAAUUUUUGAUGAUAUUCUAUAAUUACUAUGAUAUGGUUUUGUUUUUUCAGGAUGUAGAUUCAUAUGUUAAUAUUCCAGCAAAUUGUCUCAAUUAAAUGGUAUAAAAAAGGAAAUGGUAACUAUAUUUGUUAAAAAUAAAUGGACAGAUCCCAAAUUUUACUGCACCUUUUUCUAAAAGCUUUACACAAGUUGAUGUUAAUGAAUGAAGAUGUUAUAUACUGAGUGGAAGAACUAGAGACGAUGCAUGUACAGUCAACUCAAAUGAGUGGCCCCUUUGAAAAGUAUGAGGACGAUAUUACAAAUAUUGUAUACAAAAGAACAUUUGGUUAUUUUGAGAAUUUGUUAACAUAUUAUCUCAGAGUGACAGGUGUCAACAUUAUUGACGCCCAUUUUCAAUACUCCUGCUCACACUCCCCUUGAAAGGAAAACAACACAGCCUUUUUGUCAACUGUUUUAUAUUGUACAAAACAUUGGGAGGAGUCUUGUCCCGUGUGGCUCUGUUGGUAGACAUGACACUUCUAAUGCCAGGGUUCUGGGUUUGAUUCCCACAGGGGCUGAACAAUUCUAAUAAAUACAGUGGGGAGAACAAGUAUUUGAUA